AUGCUCAGGACUGUUACACGACUGCCACUGCGCAGAUACAUCCAUACGAAUGCCGGCUCGAGCGCGCGUGUAUUCAAAAGUUAUCCAACCAGGUCUGGACUUGCACUGGGAGCUACCGUCACGCUUGCUGCAUACAUGGCUUGGUCGCUGAGCUCGGACAGUCAGCGAAUAUCACUCGAUGCUCAACCUGUGUCCGCACAUAAGAAGCUUCCGGUCUCCACAGCUCCCUCACCUCCCGCUGCAGACUCUCCAGCUCCAAUACAACAAACAGAAGAGGCAUCCCCUGAGACGUCAGUACCCGUGAUAGAGGAGGAUGCGGAUAAAACACCACCUGCCGCACCAGCAGAAGCACCAAGGGAAGAACAGUCGUCUGGAGGUGCCUAUAACCCGGUGACAGGUGAAAUCAAUUGGGACUGCCCGUGCCUCGGUGGAAUGGCCCAUGGUCCAUGUGGUCCACAGUUCAGAGAGGCCUUUUCAU